GAUCUUACACACCGAACUGACUUAUUUAAUCUUCUGGUUACCUGCAUCACGCGCCCAGCACCAACCUAUGCGGACAACUCUUGCGUGCCCAUUGCUAAUAUGGCUGGUGCUCCUACUUCUUCAAUAAGUUGUACAGCACAAUCGGGGCACACUCCAGGGGAACCUGACGACUUAAAACCAAUAGCUGCAACUGCAUUGGGCCGCCUCAUUUCUAGCGGAAGUGGGGUCAGUUCUAGUGGUUGCAGCCUCUUGCCAGCAUUGAUGGAAUAUCUCUUUCGAUCAGCCGCUUCAUCUAAUCAGCCCUCUCCAAUUGCUGCAUCCCCUUAUUCUUCCGGGCAUCAGCAGCAUCAAUUCUAUUAUGUACUUCAGGCCCUUAAAGAGAUAUAA